AAUUCUUUGGGUUGCAGACGGUGCGAAGCCACUCCUCCGCCUACGUACGUUCACCUGGCAUGAAUAUUUGGUGGGCUGCAUGCACACGCACUCAGAGUGUGCGAGAUGACAGCCACACAACUAAAGCCUGAACUGGGGUAAUCGUCGCAGACAACUGGUCCUUGAAAUGUGUACUUUGUCGUGAGCGCUGCAACUUCAUUAGUACGUUCCAACUUUUCCACCCGACCUGACUGUUUCUAGAGAACUUUGAGAAAAUCUAGACCCACCAAAAACGAGUUUGAAAGAUGGGGAACCAAGAGAGUGCUUCGGCAAGCAUUCACGUGGAAGGCUCCGUGUCGGCAUCGGGGGCCGUCGAUGCAGGGGUAUCUGCAGAGGGCCAGGCCCAUGGGCCGCCAUCCCCGAAAAAAAGGCGUCUGAGUUUCAAGUCACUCCGCAAUGGAUCAUUUCGUCGUUCGUUUAAGAUUCGCCGGAGCGGACGCAGAAAAUCUCCUAAAGGCAAGGGCGAGGAGAGAAUCGAAAUGGAGGGGGAUGUUUCGGGCGAGAAAGGUGCAGCGGCAAGGGCAGCUGCGAAAUUGAAGGCGUCAGGCGAGGGGAAACCGGUGGUUGACUUGAACAUAGCUGCACCGCUUGCGACAGAUGAAACAGAGAAUAUGGACCUGGAUGCUGAUAUCGAGGCUGGUGGAAAUGUUGGUGUGUCUGGUGGAGCUUCAGGAGAUUUGGGUGGAAGUGCUGGCCUUCAGGCUGACAUUCCAUCUGGAGCAUCUGCAGGUGUUGGCGUAAGUGGGGAUAUGCCCUCUGCAGGUGCAAGCCUUGAUGUCUCUGCACCAGACGUGAAGCUGAAUAUAAAUGGAAAGAAACACAAGAAGCGAUCGUCUUUCCCCAAGUUCAGAAAAAGAACUCCUGCCGAGGCAGAGUUGGAUGUUGAGCUCCCCAAAGGUGAAGUACAGAUUGGGGGAGGUGCAGAUGUUGCAGCUGGCAUCAAUGGACACAAAGGAUUGAAACAUGGAAAGAGGAAAGAAGGUCCAUCUGUUUCUGCAGAAGGAGGUGCAUCCAUGGACGUUGACACACCAGCAGUGGAAACACCCAAGGUUGGUGUCUCAGGUGGUGCUGAUGGUGAUGUAAAUGCGUCACUCCCUUCAGCUGAUGUGACUGUCAAAGCUGACAUGCCAGAUGCAAAAAGACAUUCUCCAAAGAAAGGUGGUUUCUUUGCUGAGAUAGCAAAGUUCUUUACUGGGGAUUCAGACUCUUCUGAUUCAGACUCUGAUGCUGAGACCAAAAACCUCAAACUUCAAGGAAGCCUUCACAAAGGAGAUGUAUCAGGAGGUGCUCCAGGAGCCGAUAUCAGUGGUGGUGUGGGAGCCAACCUGGAUGCAUCAGCAGAUAUCAGUGGCUCACCAGAGGGAGAGGCUAAAUUCAACAUUGGUGCUGGAGGCAAGAGUUCUCCAUCUAAACGCAAGAAGGGAGGAAAAUUCAAGUUGCCCAAGCUUGGAAAACGCAAGAUAAAUGGCAAUGCUGAUGCAGCAGUAGAAGUUCCAAAUGCUGAUCUGAAAGGAGUUGUGGGAUUUAAUGUUGAACCUCCUGAUGCUGUAGUGAAAGCAGAUGUUGAUACAGAUGUCAAGACAAAGAAGGCAGACUUCAGGUUUGGUGGAGGUGUGAAUGGCGAUGGUGAACUUGACCUUAAGGGAGGAAUCUCUGGACCCGAUGUUAGUGUUUCAGGACCAAAGGCUUCAUUAGGUGGUGAUGAUGGUAUCGGAGGAGACGGUGAUGUAAACAUCGGAGUAAAUGUCCCAGAUGCCUCACUGGGAGUUGGAGGAGAUGUUAAGGUUCCCAACAUUGGCGGUGGCAUUGGUGGGCUUGGCAUCAAAGGAGGAAUUUCAGGACCUGAUACCGAUAUUUCUGGUCCCACAAUUGGAGGUGAUGCAGGCCUCGGUGGAGGAGUGAAUAUACCAGAUGCCUCACUGGGGGUUGGAGAUGUCAAAGUUCCCAGCUUUGGUGGUGGUAUUGGUGAGAGAGGUGGGCUUGACAUAAAGGGUGGAAUUUCCGGACCUGAUGGUGAUGCCUCUGGUCCCAAGAUUGGUGGUGAUGCAGGCAUAGGUGGAGGAGUAAAAGUACCUGACACCUCUCUGGGGGUUCCCAGCUUUGGGGGUGGUAUUGGUAAAGGAGGUGGGCUUGGCAUCAAGGGUGGAAUUUCAGGACCUGAU